UUCCAAACGCUCCUCUUCAGGCAAUCGCUUCGCAUGCAGAACAACCUUAGUGCCCAGACCGCAUCCUGAUAUCUUUGGGUCCCCAUUUUUUAAGCUUUUGUUGUUCUAAAGAUUGACUUUCACGUUCGGGUACUGUACAAGCUGCCUUUCGAACCUAAGGGUUUUGAGCGCUAAAUUCGGAGUCUGGCUUUCUCUCUCUUUGCCUUCGUGGUGUCAAGGCUGAAGUCCGACACGAAGCGAGUCCGAUUCCGACCUCCUAACUCCGGGCCGUGAAUUUUCCUGGACCUCUCCGACUCCAACAUCAACAAGGAGCCGGAUCCACGUCCUAUUGUGGCGCAGCAUCCCCUUGCUAUUCAUCCUAGUACACUGAUCUUCACCUCUCCAUCAUCUAUCUUACAGAAAUCCAGAAACCUGGGUGACGUCUGAACGUUGAUUGGAAGAUGGCAAACGACUGGGACCAGGCCGGCUGGUAUAUGGGGGAUGGAAUCCCCACUGGGGGACAAGAGGGUGAACCGACAGACUCACUUGAGGUGUUUUCAUCGAGAACUGCAGCUCCGUCUGUGGGAAAUGUUCUCAGCCCACCUCCACCAUUAAGCGCCCCACUCUCUCCUGAGAGCCUGAUCAAGAUGUCAAGGAGCAUUAUGGACAUCUUUGAACUAGAGGAGUCUACAAAUGAUGACAUGGAGAUGGUAGAAGACGAUGAGGAGGAAGCUGCGGUGGACCUAGAGGAUCAACGAAGGAGAAUAGAUCGGCUCAAGGGGGUGUUGCCGGCUCUUGCUCAAUUCUGGUGGUCUGACUCGGACCAGAUAGCUCUGGUUGCCGAAAAGUUAGGGGAUGGAAGUCGGGACCCGAAAUGGCGGAUACCCUUAGGGGACUCUGGCGUCCUCGUAUUCUUCUUAGAUCUCCUCAAGAGCCAUAUUCUGAAAUACACCUUAAAGAUUCAUGUUCUGCGUUUGAUUGGGAACUCGUGCGCAGACACCGAUGAGAACCGAGCCAGAGUUGUCAAUUCCAACUAUUUACCUUCUGUUAUCCUUCAAUUAAAAGAUAUCUCGUUAUUGCCUUUCGCGAUCCCUGUUUUGUACAACAUCUGCAUUGACUAUGAACCUGCGCAACAGCAAGCCUCGAAUUAUUUUCUCACUGCUGAGCUCAUUGAAGUGAUGUCUAGCCCGACUUUCAACGAUAGCAGGGCGUUUCUUGGAUAUACUUGUAAAUUAUUAGACCUUAUGAUUGCGCAGCCCUCUGACCCUGAACUUGCACCCGAUAACACAGCCAUCGUUCUCCUGAAGAUUGCAGUUGAUCAAGAGCUGCCCACUGAUAUGGACGAUUUCAUUGCCCUAACCAACACAGCAGUGGCUUAUCUACAACACGAGAAGUUCCAAAAGGCUCUCAUUGCUUGUGGUGCUGUCGACACUACUUUGACAGUCUUGGUAGACUCAUAUACUCGAUUCGACUCUCACCCAUCGAUUGGAGAACCAGAUCAAGACGAUGCCAAAGCGCUCUCUCAGAUGCGGAGCAACCUCAACCAAGUUCUCUCAGACGUCUCAGCAUUACCCGAAUUCAAGGAGGCAUAUCCAGUCGUAUCCCCAUUAACAAUGUCUCUCCGCCGCUGGCUUUUAAGUCCCCAGCUCCAACUCCAAGUCUGCGCCUGCAUCAUGCUUGGAAACUUAGCUCGUUCGGACGACGCCUGUGAGGAAUUCGUCCACACCUCCCAUAUCCAUAAACCUCUCAUCUCCAUCCUCUCCGAGGCCACCGACUCCCAACUCCUCCACGCCGUCAUCGGCUUCCUCAAAAACCUGGCCAUGCCUCUAAAAAACAAAGAAGUCAUUGGAGCAGCAGGGCUCUUUGACCUAAUGCCCCGCCUCUGGGCCCUCGACACUCUGCAACAAAUCCAAUUCUCCUCCAUCUCCCUGGCCCGGCAACUAACAAUCGGCACCUUCGAAAACGUCCGCAAAGUCUGCCAGCGGCUCUCCGACGACCCCGACUCCCCAGCAAACACGCACACCCGGCUCUCCCUGCUCAUCGCCCUCUUCGAACGAACAGACGUUGCCCCCAUCAAGAUGGAAAUCUCCCGCCUCAUCACGUCCGUCUGCCGCGUCUUCACCUCCUACACCGGCCGCUCCCCAGAGGACAUGGAGCGCAUCCGCAUCAAGUUCUUCGCCAUGCACCCCGACGUCGGGCGUCCGCUCUCCUUCAUGGUCAGCCAAGACAAGUGGCCCGUCGUGCGGAGCGAAGGCUGGUUCGUGUUCGCGCUCAUGGCGCGCUUUCCCGAGGGCGCACAGUGCAUCAGCGACUUGAUGCAAGACGUUGCGGUCUUCCAGCCGCUCGUCGAGAUGCUGACAGGCAAGAAGAUCGGGGACAUCCAAUCUCAAUCCGGGCCGUCUUCGUUGUCUCCUGGCUCGGAUACGAGCACUGCUAUCGCCUCCCCAGCGUCGGGCACGGCAUCUAGUAGCACGUUUGAUUUUGAGGGCAGGAGCCCGGAGAGUGUGCAGCCGCAUGCGCAGGCUGCGGAAAUGGCGAGGAUCGAUAGGGAGAAUGCUCUCGUUCUGAUCAGUGAGCUGUUGAAGAAUCGCGGGAAGGAUAUGGCUGUUAUGCGGCGGACGCUUUUCGAAGAUUUGUUGAAGGGAGGCACGGAGAUCAUGAUGACCUACAAAGAGGCGAAACCGCUGCAGGGUGAGAAGCUGCUGCCGAAGGAGAAGAGGGUCAGGGCUGAGCUGAACUUGCAGGAAGUAGCUGCAGACAGUCUUUUGGAGCUUUCAUAGUGAUCUUACAGAAGAAUUUUCAAAUCAAAAUUUCAAGUCGUGUAUUUUUAGUGUUUUAGAUUGGGAAUAUGUGAAGGAAAUUCGUGUCUCGUUGACUGACUGAUUGGCCUAUCCUAUCUCACCCUCCCCCUUAAAUUGAACCUACAACAUCUUUGAAAUAAAGCACCGGAAAUUGCAAAGACCGUGCUGCCUGCCCACCUCCCGUCCAUCCGUGAAGUGUGUAUUAAACCCAGAUCCCGGGCCCAGUCCAUCCGGUUCCUUUCUAUAUCCCAGAUGUCCGUGAAAACGAGAAGAGAUCGCAAGAAGUAAAAGUCCACCCCCCAUCGACAACAUAUGCGCCUGGCAUUUGUUCCCGACCCUCGAAUUCCAGGUAUCCUCCCAUUCGAUUGGUAAUAGGGCUUUAAGUGAGCGUAGCCAACAUAGCUCUAAGAAGCUUUGGCGGCGGGACU